UACAGAUAGAAGUUCGAAACGCCUCGGAAAAACCACUGUCGGCAUUUAUAGCGAAUAGUUUAGCGGUCUCAUGCUUCGGAAUGCAUCUACAAAGGAGAGUGAGCUCCACCGGUAACAUCGUAUAACAGCUCCCACUGGCCACAGACCUCAAUUAAACGUCUAUUCCACUUUGGUUCAACGAGCAAACAACUUUGAUUCAACCGGUGUGUGCCCAGCGGGCUUUUUCUUGACAGAAGAAAAUAGGCAAAACAUUACAUCUUCUCUUAAAUAUUACCUAAACACGACCAACUAACUUUAAUGAAGCUUCUGGACAUUACUGCAUCAGAAAAACCCAGCCUGUGGAUAUUCGGAUAUGGCUCACUAGUCUGGAAACCAGACUUCAAAUACAAGAGAAACUAUGUCGGCUAUAUCAAAGGAUAUAGUAGACGCUUCUGGCAUGGGGACAAUUUUCAUCGAGGAGACAAAGACUUGCCAGGUAGAGUGGUGACUUUAGUGGAAGAUCAUGAUGCUUGCACCUGGGGGGUAGCCUACGAGGUCAGUGACUCCCAAAUGGAGGAGUCUCUGCAGUAUCUGAAUGUGAGAGAGGCUGUGCUGGGGGGCUACGUCACCAAGAUGGUGGAGUUCACUCCCAGAGAGAAGUGCCAAGGGUCUCUGCUUGCCCUGGUCUACAUCGCCACCUCUGACAACCCCAUAUACCUUGGGCCUGCCACUCCCACAGAGAUAGCUGCUCAGAUUGCCAUCUGCAGAGGCAACACGGGCCACAACAUAGAGUACCUCCUUCGCCUGGCUGAGUUCAUGAGGCUGUACUGUCCUGAGGUAGAGGAUGACCAUCUCUUCUCCAUAGAGGCAGCCGCCCUGGCUCUGCUCAUCUGAACGACCAGGGUCAGGGAUACUCACAUCAGACCAACGAUACGACCACUCAAUGCUACGACACGCCCAACCCUACUUGUUAAUAUGAUCAAUGUGAAGACAAUGACAAUAUGAAGAGAGUGCGCGUCACUACACCUCAUAAAAAGGGUCAACAUGUCAUGAUCACUGUUUUUGUUGUCCAUUGUCUGUGAACGCCCAUGACAUUGAAAUGUUUUAAGCUAAAUGGGCAAUGCGAUUACAAGUAAGGUGCUGUAUGUUUCUCUACAAGGUGUGUAAAGGGAAAUCUGAAAUUUGUAUAUUUCCUGCAAUCUUGUGCAAAAAUGGUGACAGAAUUCACCUUAACCUUUACCAGUAACUUGGUUAAUAAGGACUAUGUUUGUACACAAAUCUGCUUUCUAGUAUA